CGCUCGUCACCCGGCGGCUCUCAGAAAAGUUCCCGUAACGACUACAUGAAGUCCGGCCUCUACUCCACCUUCACCAUCCAAUCACUGCAGGCCUCGCCCAACCCACAGCCAAUCAAAACAGAGCUGCUGAUACAACACGACGCCGCCGCCAUGUUCGAUCUAAGAGAGGUCUGUGUGAUAUCAGAGUCUCCUCCGUCAGUAGGAGGUUCGAUGGACUCGGCUCUGCAGGUGAUCGUCACUCAGCCGUCUCCGUGUGCCACUCCGGCUCUCAGCCCGCAGAUAACCACAAACGCCACCAGCCAAUCACAG